AUGCGCGAGUACCGGUACGGCGAGGACGAGCAUGAGCCCCAGCCGGGGUGCGGGGAGGGGGCGGGGCAGGCGGCGGCGAACUGCGCGGCGGUGUGCUGCUGCUGCCCGCUGGCGCUGCUCGACGUCCUGCUGCUCGUCACCGUCCGGCUCCCCGCGGGCGUCAUGCGGCGGGUGAGGAGGAGGCGCCACCGCCACCGCGGCCGGGGAGGUGCCGGAGCCGGAGCCGGAGCCGGAGCCGACAGGAAGAAGCCGGCCUCCACGGCGGCGGCGGCGCCCGCGUCGCCGUCGGGAAGCAGCGGCAAGGCGAUGAUCGGCGCGGCCUCGUCGACGCUAGAUAUCGAGGAGGAGGAGGCGCGCGGCGAGGCAGAGUCGGCGGAAGCGGCGUCGGAGCUGGAGCGCGAGAUCAUGAGCUCCCACUUCUACGGCGCCGGCUUCUGGCGCAGCGUCUCCUCCAGGUCCAGCUCCUCCUCCAUGCGCUACCAAUAG